AUGAGCGAAGAGGGUGUCACCAUUGACAUUAGAAAAUAUCCUGGAGAUACUCAUGUUCGUGAAGACGGUAAAGGAGGUCACUACUACACCAAUGAAGAUGGCAAAAGGGUCAAUUUAGCGGUAGAAGAUUACCCUGAUAGGGAUGGCACAUACACUAAGUUCACGCAUAUUCCAGCAGAUGGUGAACUUGGAGAUAUCAAGUAUGAUGGCGGUUUUCAAAUUAUAAUACCAGCACCGACACAGGGAUCCAAUAUUUCCGUCUACUAUUGGAAAUAUGACAAGAUACAUUACACUCCACUUGUUAUUCAGUCAACUUGUGAAGAUACCUCAGUUUACUAUACUACUAAUAAUGGUCUUAUAUGGAGAAAACAUGGAAGUAUAGAUGCUAAUAAUCUCAAGAAGAAUCUGGAUGAGCAGAACUGUGAAAGGAACAGAGCUCAUGCCAUGGAUAUUUCCAAUAGGGGUAGUUAUACUAGGAAUCCUUACAACUGUCCUAGUUGUAAAAAAUACAAAAUAUACUCAUUCAUUGACCUUAAAAGUCAAUGCAUUGUACAUGACAUUAUUGGGGGUUCCUCUUUUAUUUCCAGAUUCUUUGAAGGGGAAGUAGAACAAACUGGAUUCACACAACUUACUGGCAUAUCAGACAUCAAUGUUUAUUGGUCCAAAGGACCUAUUAACAAACCUCUUCUUAUCUACUUUUUUAUGAACAAACAGCACCGGUAUAAAAGGUAUUUGGGAGACACCGACUGGGAGGUAGAGACAAGUUUGGAUAAAUCUCCCUGGAUUAAUUAUCCGCAGGAUGUACAGAGCCUCCUUAAUCAGUAUACUACACCUAAAGUAAUUUUGGAUGCCUCUUAUACCGAUGAAAAUAAGGCUACAUAUAAACCGAGAAGAAAUACUCUCAACUUCAAAGUUUCCAAAAAAGAUGUUUAUCAAACUAAUUAUUUACAGUAUAGCCACUUUAGGUAUGAGGAGGAUAGUGAAAGUGAAAGUAAACCAUUCAAGCUCAAGAACAUCGAACAUAAAGGGAAAUUACUUGGUAUAAGCUCUGAGGAUCUUCUAACCGAGGUAUCUGUAUUCUAUUGGAAUGGAGAUGCUCAGCAUAAUAAACCACUACUGGUGGAGCUGGUUGUUAGUGGUAGGAACAAGUACACCUACUACAGAAAGGCCAAUUUUUAUGCAAAGGCUUGGAGCAAGAUUACUAAUCAGGAAACAAAUCGACUUGAGGAUGAACUGAAGACCACACUUGAUGACCUGAAGAUUAUACACUUUCCUGAGUCAUCCCCUGACGUCGUUACUAUAGUUGGAGCAUCUCUUGGAACUGUAGGUACAGUGAUAACAACGGUUAUAGGAAUAUGGAAAUGGCCUGCUAUAAUGUCAUUUCUAAUCACUUAUCUGUAA